UGCUUUCUCAAUUAAGGCCUUGACACACUGCUUCCCCCGAGUAUACGGGCGCACAUCUCCACACUCCGAACAUGUCCCACCGACACUCACCGUUUGAUCAGGGAAUGUAUGGGCGCCCCUCGUCUCCGGGGUCGACGUCGUAUCCCAGCGCGCCACAGGGAUACUACGGAGACGACGUUGGAAUUUCUCCAACAACGCAACUAACUCAGCCGAACACAAGACAGCGGGCUUCACCAAAUGCUAGGAGAUCUCAACACAUUAAUCAAGGGCUUCCGCUUCCUCCUCCUUCGAAUCUCAGCGCCUCUGCGUCGUACGAGCCUUUGCCAUCCAGUAGCGUUGCCUUAUCUGUGCCCCAACCUUCUGGAACCACGCCAGUAUAUUCUCGUGAACAGCCCACCCGUCAAAAGUCCAAGGCAUACACGACGACAAUUGCUGCUCAAAGUGAUGAUUUAAAAUACCAAACGAAAUAUAAGGACCUCAAACGCAAAGUUCGAGAUAUUGAAGUUGAGAAUGACAAGCUACAUGUCAGAAUCCUAAAGGCGAAAAGGAACAUCCAACGCAUGAGGCUCGAACGAGCUAUUCUAUACGAGCGACUCGCAUCGAUGGGUGAAACGAUAGAACCACCAAUACACUCAUCCCAUACAGACUCUCCAUUACCUCCUCCCACCGUAUCCACACGUCUCCCCCCUGUCGAUGUCUAUGCCCAUUCAUCGCCCUAUCGAGAGCACAACCCAUCGACCACCACAAUAAUCAUUCACAACAGUCUCACGUAUCGCUUCGUCCACAACAACGUUUGAAUGGUCUUCGGAAUGGAAGCGAAGAAUAUGGGUCAAUCCGUGGUGAUGCAAGAUGAUUCCAUUGGUGGGAUUUGAAGCCUGCCGUUCCCUUCCGGACUGAGGCAAUCUUGCUGACCUACUUGGAGUGACACCGUGCUCCGCGGAUUCAUGAUUGUCGAGCCCUUUCAUGAUGUUGGAUUCUAAUGUUGGUUCCUAUGCACCCAUAUUAUUGUAUGUAACAACUAUAUUGCAGGAUGAUGUUGUAACGAGACUCUAUCCUCCCGUCUCACCUGUUUCGAGCCAUUUGCAAAACCAUGCAGGGUAUGAGUCAAACAACAUGUAACUACGUGGACAAACUCGAUAGGUACAAAUGAAAGGUGUGCGGACAAUGCGAC